UCAGAGUUGCUUCCCUUGCUUUCCGGCUGACCUUCAAGCAUGGCUGUCAGACAAUUUUCCAGGAUUUCCAAACUGCUCCCACAGAAUGCAACUUUCGUUGCAUCGAGCAAACUCAGCUCCACGUGGGCAAAUGUGGAAAUGGGUCCACCGGAUGCCAUUCUUGGAGUCACAGAGGCAUUCAAACGUGAUACAAAUCCAAAAAAGAUGAAUCUAGGUGUGGGAGCUUAUCGUGAUGACAAUGGCAAACCCUUCAUUUUGGAGUGUGUCAAAGAGGCUGAACAGAUGAUGCUGAGGGAGUGUGUAGACCAUGAAUAUGCCCCCAUCAGUGGACCUCCAGAGUUCUGUAAGGAGGCAGCCAAACUGGCGUUUGGAGACAACAGCCCAGUCAUCAGUGAGGGCAGGAAUGUAACAGUCCAGGGUGUAUCUGGAACAGGAUCCCUCAGGCUUGGUGGUGAAUUCUUUUCGAAAUGGUACAAUAAGAACAAAUUGUUCUACCUUCCAAGUCCUUCCUGGGGAAACCAUACACCUAUAUUUAAACACUCGGGACUGGAGGUGAAGUCCUACAGGUACUAUGACCCAGGUACCUGUGGGUAUGACUUCAGAGGUGCUAUGGAGGAUAUAUCAAAUAUUCCAGAGGGUAGUACCAUUGUACUACAUGCGUGUGCCCACAACCCCACUGGUGUAGACCCAAAGCCUGAACAAUGGAAGGAGAUGAGUGCUCUUAUAAAGAAGAAGAAGUUGUUCCCUUUCUUUGACAUGGCCUACCAGGGAUUUGCUAGUGGAAACAUUGAUCAAGACGCAUUUGCCGUUCGCCAGUUCCUGGAAGAUGGACACCAAAUGGCUUUGGCUCAGUCUUUUGCCAAAAACAUGGGACUGUAUGGUGAGCGGGCAGGUGCCUUCAGUAUUGUGUGUGGUACUAAGGAGGAGGCAGACAGAGUUAUGUCGCAGGUUAAGAUUCUCAUCCGACCCAUUUACUCUAAUCCUCCCGUUCACGGAUCGCGCAUCGCUGCACGGGUACUCUCCAACCCGGACCUAAGGACUAUAUGGCUGGGUGAGGUGAAGGGUAUGGCUGACCGCAUCAUCAACAUGAGGAACAGGUUGAGGGAGGGACUUGCCAAGGAAGGGUCAAGUCACAACUGGCAGCAUAUCACUGAUCAGAUCGGCAUGUUCUGUUUCACCGGACUCAAACCAGACCAGGUGGAGAAGCUCACGAGUGAUUACUCUGUGUACCUAACAAAGGAUGGGAGGAUCUCUGUGGCAGGAAUCACCUCCAGUACUGUCGACUAUCUGGCUCAUGGUAUACACCAGGUCACAAAGUGAAAGUACAUCGACAUAUAGAAUGUUAACUGCAGGGAGGCAUUCAAAAGCAAAAACGUUUAGGAUUUUUUUUUCAUUUAGACCAGAUUGUCAUCAAAUGAUCAGCAAAAUUUGUUCUGCAAAUAUUGAAGAGCACAUUUAGGUUAUAAAUUAUGAUUAUAAAGUGAAAGUUGAUUAAAUAUAUUAAAAUAGGAAGCACUACUUUUCAUGUGUUUCAAAGUUGUCCUGUUAGUGCUCUAGUGGGGAGACUUAAGAAGUGGUCACCAGGGGAAAUGUUGUUUUUUUAAGGACGGGGAAAUGUUGUUUUUUUAAGGGCGGGGAAAUGUUGUUUUUUUAAGGGCGGGGAAAUGAGGAAUUUUUAAGAAAUCUGGACAGCUCUCAUUCAAAAUCCUCAAAAAAAAAAGAUAUUUAUAGGAUUUACAUCCAUGUAAGCUGGAUGGUCACAGUAGGUUGAAAGGGAUCUGAAAAGUGCUAUCGAAAUAUUGCCACAAUAAUUGUCAAGACAUUUUAAAGAAUGCUUGCAGAUGAUUUAUUUUUGUAAGAUGAUUGAAGAACUUGUACCCAAUAAUUUUCCAAAAAUUAUCUGCAACUUCAUGUGUUCAAAUUUGAUUUUGCGAUCAUGUUGUAGGAACCUCUAUGUUUACCUUGUCUUGCUAUACUGGUUUGUAGCGUAGAAUAAGUGAAGACAUUUGAUAGGUCAAACUACCCUUACUAAUUUAUCACUGAUUUUUAUACUGAAAAAUGUGUAUUUUCUUUUUAAAAGAAAUUUGAUGUUGAAUAAUGUACUUUUAUGUGAUACCAUACAAAGUACCAUACUUUUGUUUAAUGCUGAAUGCUGUAUAGAUAAUUAUGAUAUACUUUGGUUUUAUAAGUUACUUAUAUUUUAAAUAUAUAACCCUACCUAAAACCUGUGUUUGUUAUAUAAAUUCUUACAGUGUCUCUUUGUAUUUAAUUAUGCAUAAUCUGUGUAAAGCUGUGAUUCUUGCAUCUGUGUGCAUGAAGUUGACCAGCAUCCCAAAAAAAAUUAUUCAGACAAAUUAGGAGCGUUAUUCUCACUUCCACCAAGUGAAAUCAUUGUAAAUAGGUUGUUUGGAGCACAUUCGCCAAAAUCUAUGCAAAAAUGAAAUAAUCCUCUCAGUACUAGUAGUUUAUAACAGAUUCUAAUCAAGUACGGACGUUGUUAUGUGUGUAGGUGGUUGUUUUUAUUUCUAUUUGGUUAAAAUUAAUCGGGUAUAAGUUAUUGUUUAACUAGAACUCCAGCAAUGAUUGACACUGAAUAAACAAAUGAACAAAUC